CGCUCCCUAAAGACAAGUCAGGAAAACAGAGCAUUGCUCGUGGGCCAGCGACGAGCCCGUCAUAUAUCAGGUAGAAUUUGUCCGCAGCGCGUGUGACACAGCCUUCGUACAUAAGAUAUUUUGCAGCACAGCAGUAUCCAGAUCGGAUCACCAGGCUGCUCGAUCAGACAAAAGUGACAAGUCAAGUGUGAAGCCGGUUGCACUGACCGGCAGCACUGACGGAAAAUGCCUGCGGGAAACAACGACCCCGACUCCGUGUUAAGCUACCAGAGGCCAGAUGAGGAGGUGGUGGUGGACCAAGGAGGAACCAGCUCAAUCCUCAACAUCCAUUAUGAAAAGGAGGAGCUAGAGGGGCACAGGACCCUGUUUGUGGGCGUGCGCAUGCCCUUGGACAGACAGUCCCACCGCCACCACCGGCCACACGGUUCGCGGCACCGCAAGAGGGACAGGAUGAGGGGCGGCGCAGCCCCUGAGGAAGAGGAGGCGGCGGCAGCUUCCCGUGAUACCCCCUCCCAGCGUGUGCAGUUCAUCCUGGGUACUGAAGAUGAUGAGGAGCAUGUGCCCCAUGACCUCUUUACCGAGCUGGACGAGAUCUGCGUGAAGGAUGGCAAGGAUGCAGAGUGGAAGGAGACAGCCAGGUGGCUGAAGUUUGAGGAGGAUGUGGAGGACGGCGGCGAGCGCUGGAGCAAACCCUACGUGGCUACGCUGUCUCUGCACAGCUUAUUUGAAUUGCGCAGCUACAUCAUCAAUGGCAGUGUGCUGCUGGACAUGCGGGCCAGUUGCAUUGAGGAGAUUGCAGACAUGGUGCUGGACCAGCAGGAGGCGGCACAGGAACUAGAUGAGAGUGUGCGGGUGAAGGUGCGUGAAGCCUUGCUCAAAAGGCACCACCACCAGAAUGAGAAGAAGAGAGGCAACCUUAUCCCUAUGGUGCGCUCCUUUGCCGAGGCAGGCCGCCGGCAAUCGGAGCCCCACUCCAUGGACAAAAGCGGUCAUGCUGUGUCUCCUCAACCACCCCAGUCCACCCUGGAGGUGAAAAACGGGGUCAGCCAGGACAACAGCCAAGUUGACCUCAGCAAGGUCGAUAUGCACUUUAUGAAGAAGAUUCCCACAGGGGCUGAGGCUUCCAAUGUGCUAGUGGGGGAGCUGGACUUCCUGGAGAGGCCUGUGGUGGCUUUUGUUCGCCUCUCCCCAGCUGUGCUGCUGACUGGCCUGACUGAGGUGCCCAUACCAACCAGGUUCCUGUUCAUCCUCCUGGGUCCUGAUGGAAAAGCCCAGCAGUACCAUGAAAUUGGUCGCUCCAUGGCAACCAUCAUGACAGAUGAGAUCUUUCAUGAUGUGGCCUACAAGGCCAAAGACCGUAGUGACCUCCUGGCAGGAAUUGACGAGUUCCUGGAUCAGGUAACUGUGCUGCCCCCUGGCGAAUGGGACCCCUCCAUCCGCAUUGAACCUCCUAAGAACGUCCCUUCCCAGGAGAAGAGGAAAACUCCAGGCGUUCCGAAUGGAACAGUCUGCCAGGUGGAGGUGGAGCCCCAUGGAGAACAUCACGGUCCAGAGCUACAGAGGACAGGCAGGCUGUUUGGUGGCCUGAUCUUGGAUGUGAAACGGAAGGCCCCCUUCUACCUGAGUGACUUCCGGGAUGGGCUGAACCUGCAGUGCGUGGCCUCCUUCCUCUUCCUCUACUGUGCCUGCAUGUCUCCUGUCAUCACCUUCGGCGGGCUGCUAGGGGAGGCCACGGGCGGCCGCAUUAGUGCUAUUGAGUCUCUCCUUGGAGCGUCCAUGACAGGCAUAGCCUACUCCCUGUUUGCGGGCCAGCCCCUCACCAUUUUGGGCAGUACGGGGCCUGUUUUGGUCUUUGAGAAGAUCCUCUUCAAAUUCUGCAAAGACUACGACUUAUCCUACCUGUCCCUGCGUGCCUGCAUUGGCCUUUGGACAGCCUUCCUGUGCCUGGUGCUGGUGGCCACUGAUGCCAGCUCACUGGUUUGUUACAUCACCCGCUUUACCGAGGAGGCUUUUGCUGCCCUCAUCUGCCUCAUCUUCAUCUAUGAAGCGCUGGAGAAGCUUGUGCACUUGGGCGAGAUCUAUCCCAUCAACACUCACACCAACCUGGACCACCUCACACUCUACUACUGCAGGUGUACUAAACCAGACCACCCCAGCAAUCAGACGCUGAAGUUAUGGAGCCAGAGGAACGUUACUGCCUCUGCAGUGCCCUGGACUAACCUCACGGUCAAGGAGUGUUUGGAGCUGCAGGGACAGUUUGUGGGGACAGCAUGUAGUCACCAUGGACCCUACACCCCUGAUGUGCUCUUCUGGUCAGCCAUUCUUUUCUUUUCCACCUUUGCCAUGUCUAGCUUUCUGAAGCAGUUCAAGACUAGCCGCUACUUCCCCACUAAGGUGCGGUCCACAAUCAGUGACUUUGCAGUCUUCCUUACCAUCGUCUGUAUGGUGAUCCUUGAUUAUGCCAUUGGCAUACCCUCCCAGAAGCUUCAGGUGCCCAGUAAGUUCAAGCCAACGCGGGAUGACCGAGGCUGGGUCAUCAACCCUAUUGGGCGGAACCCCUGGUGGACAGUCCUUGCUGCUUCUGUCCCGGCACUGCUCUGCACCAUCCUUAUCUUCAUGGAUCAGCAGAUCACUGCUGUCAUCAUCAAUCGCAAGGAGCAUAAAUUGCUGAAACGCUGUGGGUACCACCUGGACCUGCUGAUGGUGGGCGUGAUGUUGGCUGUGUGCUCGGUGAUGGGACUGCCAUGGUUCGUGGCAGCCACCGUGCUCUCCAUCUCCCAUGUUAACAGCCUGAAGCUGGAGUCGGAGAGCUCAGCGCCCGGGGAGCAGCCUCGCUUCCUUGGCAUCCGUGAGCAGCGCCUCACCGGCCUGCUCAUCUUCCUGCUCAUGGGCUGCUCCGUCUUCAUGACUGGGGCUCUGCAGUUCAUUCCCAUGCCUGUUCUCUAUGGAGUAUUCCUCUACAUGGGGGUCUCUUCUCUGAAAGGAAUCCAGUUUUUUGACCGGCUAAAGCUCUUUGGCAUGCCAGCCAAGCACCAACCCGACUUCAUAUACCUCCGCCAUGUACCCCUGCGCAAAGUGCACCUCUUCACUCUGACGCAACUCACCUGCCUGGUGCUGCUCUGGGUCAUCAAGACCUCACCAGCCGCCAUCAUCUUCCCCAUGAUGGUACUUGCCCUGGUGUUCAUCCGCAAGCUCCUCGACUUUUGUUUCUCCAAGAGAGAGUUAAGCUACCUCGAUGAUAUCAUGCCUGAAAGCAAGAAGAAGAAGUUGGAUGAUGCCUCUAAGAAGGCUGAGGAGGAAUCAGAGAGCAUGCUGGGAGUUGGCAGGGAGAAGGACAGGGCUGGGCAUAAGUCCCCAGUUCGGAUCCAGAUGGAAAGCAGCAAGCCCAUACAGACGCCCAAAAAUACUGAUUCCAGGUGUGACCCAUCUGACAUUAAUAUCUCUGACGAAAUGUCUAAAACUACAGUGUGGAAAUCACUCAGCUCAAAUCACAAGGACAACCAACCAAUUUCUACUAAAAAGGAAUAACAGCGAGUAACCAAGGACAGCGGAGUCCCAGCAGACAGAGAAUCGGGGGAUGGCACUGCCACCGGUCCGCUGGCCAGCAAACUGCUGAUGGGGUUUGCAUCUGCAGUGGAGACCCCGUCUCCCAGAUUCACAGCACAUAACUUCUGAAAAACACCCAGAGAAGCUCUGCCUUCCACCCAGUGUGCAAGCUCAGCAUUUUUACCCUUUGUCCAUCCUGGAAACCUCUCAUAUCUCUCCUUACUGUUCCUGCACACCAUGUUGAAUUUUACUAGCCCGUCCCUUUUCCCGACAUCAUAGACUCCAACACAUUUUCACCAUUUAAGCCACAUCCUGCCCAAAAGAACAGGAAGACAGCAAGACCACACUGCUGCCUAGCUCAAACUUUGCCAACCAACCCGUGUGCAAGCCUGCUGCCAGCCAAAAUGGUACAACUUUGUCCUGCUGAGGUAUGGCAGGGCAAAAUUUUGCCAAGCCCACUCAAGGUUUUUUAUAAUGUGUAUUUAUUAAUUUAUUUGAACAUGUUUCAUAUAUUGUUUUUAUUGUA